UCCACUUCGAAGUUCGAGCCCAGAGCAAGACACACACACGCAGACGCCAUGGCCUCCUCUAAGCUCUUCCUCCUCCUCAUCAGUGCCAUCAUCUCCAUGGCAAUCACUAGUACUCCGGCGGCUGCGGCAAAUGGUCGCAUACAUCUCAUCAUGGUGAACAACUGCGCCGAGUCGGUGUGGCCGGCCAUGCUCGGCACCACCGGCCACGCCACGCCGCAGUCGGGCGGCUUCCACCUCGGCCCCGGCGAAGAGACCACCUUCGACGUGCCGGUAGGGUGGUCGGGCCGGGUGUGGCCGCGCCGGGGCUGCUCCUUCGACGCGCGCGGCAUGGGCAAGUGCGCCACGGGCGACUGCGGCGGCGUGCUGCGGUGCGGGGGCGCCCCGGGCGCCACCCCGGCCACCGUGGUGGAGAUGACGCUGGGGACCCCCCAGUCGCCGAUGCACUUCUACGACGUGAGCCUGGUGGACGGCUUCAACGCGCCCGUGUCCAUGACGCCGGUCGGUGGCGGCCGCGGGUGCGGCGUGGCGGCGUGCGGGGCGGACCUGAACGUCUGCUGCCCGUCGGCGCUGGAGGUGAGGGACCGGGAAGGGAGGGUGGCCGGUUGCCGGAGCGCGUGCCUGGCGAUGGGCAGCGACAAGUACUGCUGCACCGGGGAUUACGGGACGCCGGCGGCGUGCAAGCCCACUAUGUUCUCGCACCUGUUCAAGGCCAUCUGCCCCAGAGCCUACAGCUACGCCUUCGACGACGCCUCAAGCCUCAACCGCUGCAAGGCCAACCGAUACCUCAUCACAUUCUGCCCACCACAACCUGAAUGAGGCAUCGCUAUCAAUCACCAUGUAUUUAUAUUUCUGAAUCCAAAACCUGAGUGAACUGUGUGGCUACAUGGGGCAUAUGAUACAGUACGAGGGUGUUUGGGUUGUUAUUUUGGCUUAUGAUAUAAAUGAGACACGUCGAGCUCGGGGAGGAGGUGAUCUGUUA